AUGUUUGAGUUCGUUGGGGAGAUCAAGGAUGGUGGCCGCCAGGCCUUCCGUGCGGAGGUCUGGGCCUUGCAGCAACUGCAGGACUGCGAGGCCGUGCAAAAGGGCGCCAUCCCGGCCUUCCUGGGCGCAGAUCCACAGAAGCGACGCGUCAUGAUGAGCAACGUGGCGAAACGGAAAGGGCGAGAAAAUUGGGAAAGGACCCAUGAGCCAGGUGCCGGUGGAGGGCAUCCCCAAAUGGAGGCUUUGCCUCCGAAGGUGACCUGUUCGUUGCUGGUGAGCGCUCUUCUGGCGCUAGCAUGGCAACGAGGGCAGACGACCAGUCCCCAGGGUGAAGCCAAGGAUUUCCAGCUGGAACGGCUUCUCUUGGCUCCACUGAUGGCGAUACGCCACAGCAACCAGGUGUUUCCCAGCCUGCUGGUUCUGUACAGUGCCAGUUCUAUCUCUGCAGCACUCUAUGCGGCCUUCACCUUGGGCCUCCACUUGGAUGAUGGAGGCUGGUUGGGUAGCGAUGCCGUGUCCUCGCAGCGGGCAUUUGCUGUGCAUGCAGCGGUCUGUAUCUGGAGAGCUGAUAAGGUGGAGAUCCUGUUCCAACGCUUACAGCGUUCUGUGAAGAUCGUGAAGAGCAGUGGCAUAGGCGUCAGCCUGAAAAGUAGCUUCGCGGAGCCCUUCAGCUGGUUCUGGCCGGGCUUUUGGGGCUCUGCGCGGCGCUUCGCGCUCAUCGCGGUGUCCUAUGUGGGCUAUGGCGCCUUCGUGCGCAGCGCGCUGCCAGCAGUGGUGCUGGACGAGUGUUUGUGGUGGCUGCUGAGCAAAACUCAGGACCUCUUUACGCGGAAGGUGUGCGCCCUGCCCAUGAUCUUGGACUUGGUGCUACUGCCUUUCCUGGAUUAUUUGCACAUGGUGCCGGCCAUCUUCAAGGUGGCUCUGCUGGCAUUCAUGGUCUAUCCAGACCACGAGCAGUCUCCGGUGCUGCUGGUCCUCUGUGCAUUGGCUUGGACCGGACACAACUGCCAUGUGACGAAAUCGACUUUGCUGGAAGAUCUCCCUGAACAGCUGUCGCAGCUGUGGCAGAGCCGCUACAAAGCUGGGGUCAAGCUCCCGGACGCAGGCCUGGCGCCCGUCCUGUCCUCGACGUCGACGUCGUCGAUUCUUUGCCGGGCGCUGCGGUGUUGGCUUGACGUGGCGUCGGCCGUGGAGGAAGCCAACAGGAAUGGUGUCUACCACUGCGAUGUGAAUCCCUGGAAUGUGCUGAUUGCCGAGGAUGACGCUUCGCCAGCCGCAGCUUCGCAGGGCUGCCUGGUGGACUGGGCUUGUUCCAGUGCUUCGAAGGCACCCAAGCUGCACCGCCGGGGCGACUUCCAGGCUGCUGAACUUUUAGAGGGCUCCGUGGGUCCCCACACCGACGUCUACGGCGCCUCGGUGUUUUUGAACGGUAAACGGACCGAGGUGUCCCUGGUCAUUGGUUGGUUUGAUCAUCACGAUUUACCUCAAGUCUUGUUGCUUUAA